AGAAGAUUAGGAUGAAAAAGGAAUUCGAUUCGAGCCAAAAAUAGGCUGUGAAGGUCAAGCGAUUAGCAACUACAGAUUCUGAUCGGAUAUGUUGACGGUUUGCGGACUAAUUGUAGUUUCAUCCUUUACUGUUUUGCAUUGUACAAUUGACAAAUGAUUCCAAUGUACUGGAGUGGGGUUCACAGAAAAAGUGAUUUAGGUUAUUAUAGUAUACAAUUGAAUAACAUUUUCUAAGAACAAGUGAUGACUAACUCUUACACUGAAACUUCGUUCUAGUUGGAUUGGUGUUCAAAACAAUGCGGCAAGGCUUUGCAGCACAAUUGGCUUGUUCGGAGGCUGUUUUUAAAGUAUUUAAAAUAAUCAUACUGGUUUAAACUGUCACAAAAUGGAUUGAAAACUAUGCGCUAAAAUAUCUUUCAUAAAGCUAUUGUAAGAUCUGGAAAAGUGUGAUGUUUUAGAAAAAGCGAGGUUUGCAACCAGUGCAUAAAGCAUUUCAAUCAUUUUGAAAUGACAUCAGCAAAUAGCAACUAGUUGGAACCUGAGACGAGACAUGCGAAUUGUAAAAAAACGAACGUCAGAAAAAGAGAAGAUCCGCAAGUACCAUCCCAGGUUAGCAAUACUAUCGCUUAGUAGACCUUCGGCAAUCACUAUGCGGGGCCGCAGGGGCGCUGUCCUGCUUCCUGUACUGGCAAACCGUCGUAAACUAUUGAUACCAUGAGCUCAGUCCAAGUACCGAUUGCGGUUUGUGCUUUCCUGGUUGCAGCUCCGCUGAUGGUACUAAGCGUCAGUAUCUCUGCAAUCGAACAUGUCCGGCGACCACAUAUCAUCAUAAUUAUGGCCGACGAUAUGGGCUGGAACGACGUCGGAUUCCAUGGAUCGAACCAAAUCCCUACACCCAACAUUGAUGCGUUGGCAUACGACGGUAUCAUUCUGAACAGGCAUUACUCUGCACCCAUGUGCACUCCUUCAAGAUCGGCUCUAAUGACUGGACGAAAUCCAAUCAACAUUGGAAUGCAGCAUUACGUGAUCGUUUCCGAUGAACCGUGGGGCUUAGGUUUGGACCAGAAAACCAUGGCCGAAUACUUCAAGGAGGCUGGUUACAAAACGCAUUUGGUAGGAAAAUGGCACCUGGGUUUCUUUGCAGAGCAGUAUACGCCAACAAUGAGAGGAUUCGAUAGCCACGUGGGAUAUCUGGGGCCCUAUAUCGAUUACUGGGACUAUACGUUGAAAAUGACGGAUCCUGCCAAACAAUACGUGGGAUACGAUAUGCGUCGUGAUUUGAAGGUGGACAAGUAUUCGAAUGGAACGUAUGCGACGGAUCAUUUUACUAACUCUGCUAGUGCGAUCAUCAUGCAGCAUAAUCCGGAUGAGCCGCUCUUCCUGAUGCUGAACCACUUAGCGCCACAUGCUGCGAGUGAUGAAGAUCCACUGCAAGCACCCGAAGAGACGAUCAAGAAAUUCAGCUAUAUUUCUGAUGCAAAAAGACGAAUCUAUGCCGCGAUGGUAUCCAAAUUCGAUGACAGUGUCGGUCAAGUCUUCAACACCUUACGAUCGAAAAACAUGUUGGAAAAUUCAAUUAUUCUUGUAAUGUCCGACAAUGGUGCGCCAACGAUUGGACAGCACGCAAACACUGGAUCAAACUAUCCACUAAAGGGAGAAAAGAACUCCCCUUGGGAAAGCUCAACGCGCACUUUUGCUGCUCUUUGGAGUCCUCUGCUUCGUGAACGCCAACGUGUUUCCAACCAAUUCGUUCAUAUCACUGAUUGGUUGCCUACCCUCGCCUCCGCCGCAGGAAUCGAAGUUCCUCACGCAAGAUUGUACUCGGAGAUUGACGGCAUCGAUCAGUGGGAAGCAUUAUCAUACGACACCGGGAAUCCCCGAAGAGCGAUCCUAAACAUGAUCGAUGAAAUCUUCGGCUACAGUAGUUAUAUGGAGAACGGGUUCAAAUACGUGAAUGGAACUACCAGCCACGGGAUGCGUGACGGGUGGUAUGGAGAACUGGACACCAACGACACAUUCCCAAGUGAUGACGAUUACUUUGCGAAAAUCCUAGAGACUGACAUCGCAAACUGGGCCGGACAACUGUUGUCAAAGGAACUAAUGAGUAAGCUUCGAAGGCAUGCUACAAUAACCUGUGGAAAUCAACCGCAAAACCAAAACAUAUGCCACCCACUGAUUCGGCCAUGUUUAUUCGACAUCAUUAACGAUCCAUGUGAACUGAAUGACAUUUCCCGCAAACACUACCAGAAAAUGGCGGAGAUGCACGACAAGGUGGAUGCCUACAGGCAAACGGCAGUGAAGCCAAGAAACAAAUCGCACGACCCAGCUGCCAAUCCAGCUAACCACGAGGGAAUAUGGACUUGGUGGCGAAAGGUUAGUUUACAGGAGGAACUUGCCCAAACCAAUGCAAACGACCCAGAUUUAUCGUGGCACCGGGACCAGGAGAUUCCUCCACCACACUCAAGUCUUCCCGAGGUCAUCCGACUACCCGUAAUCAUUUCGAUAGUAGUGGUUGGCAUCCUUUUCGUGGUGGGCGCACUAAUGUAUCUAUCCAACAAAAAUUAUUUCCGAUCCUGCAAGGGUGGUAUCCAGGCGGAGAAGAGUGUGAUAUCGAAAACUACGGCGAGCCGUGCUGCAAGUAUUUUCCCUUCUGAUAGUAGCAACGACGAGAAGCUCCCCGACGGAUACGAGAACUCGGCUUCAAAAAUAAUCUCAAAAGCCUACCAUAUCAAAGAUAAUAAGUUGGAGAGGUAUUGAUCCUACUGUUGGCUGAACUUCGGCUUUGUGUUGUAAAAACUUAACAUUAGUUUCGGGUUGAAACGGAAAAUAUUCUUUUCUUGACUAUUGAAUUUAAUUUGCUAAUCUUUAUUACUAAUAUGUUUUACGCAUUGCGCAAACACAAAGUAGUACCUACUUACUAUGCUACGAUAUUCUUCGGUUAAAGAACUAGGUUCAAUUAAGUAUGAUUCUCAAUAUAGUUGAUAAUUUCUCCUACAGGACUUGGCAAAACUAUUUUAAACAUAACGGAUCUCGCAUUGUAUACAAAUGUGCACAAUAAAACUAAUGGUUAAAAGAUUGAA